AUGGAAAGGACUUGGAGAGCUGAACAAGAUAGACGUGAGAAGGACAUGGAGAGGAAGAUGGAGGAAUUGUUGGAAAAGUCCAACAGGUCCGCGAGAAAGGCCACAGGCCUGAGGUGUGACGACUUGUCCAUGGACCCAGAUUUUGACCUGCCAGAAGGGUUCAAAAUCCUGAUAUUUGAAAUGUUCAACGGGGCAGAAAACCCCAAGGCACACCUCCAUUCAUACUGCGACAAGUUAGUCGGAGUAAAGAGGAAUGAACCCUUAAUCAUGCGACUAUUCAGUCAUAGACUGACCGGUGAAGCGGCCGAAUGGUUCGCCACACAAGACAUGCGCCAAUGGCUCCACUGGGAAGACCUGGCGGAAUCCUUGAUGGAAAGGUUUCAUUUAAAUAUCGAGACCGCACUAGACCGCUACUACCUCGAGAAGGUCAAGCAAAAGUCGACGGAAACCUAUAGAGAAUUAGCCAACAGAUGGAGGGCCAAAGCAGCUCGUGUGCAGCCGCCAAUGUGUGAAGGAGAGCUCGUUUCCAUAUUCAUUAGGUCACAAGAGCCGAAUUUCUACAAUAGGAUGUUCUCCAUGGACGGGAGGGCGUUCUCCGUGCUAGUAAAAAUAGUUGUGGUGUUGGUGGCUGAGUCUGGCAUAGGAAGCAUUGAAGCAUCCAAGUCCAUUGCUUGCCCUAGUUGCACUCACAAAAGAUUGAAGGUUUACUGUGUGCUAUGUGGGAUUAUAUUUGUUCUUCUUGGUAAUGUGUUUGGCCUUAAGGGUGUUGAUGGCUACAGGUGGAUUAAGUGCCUUGGUUGUCCUGAUCUCUGGAAUAUUGAUGCUAAAGAUGACUUUGGAAGUGUGAAAGAAAGAUUAGUUGGAGCAUAA